GGCACCGACGCACCAGAGUGCAUUCGCCAGUCACGUCAGCUUGAUAAAAAGAAACAAAAAACAUUUGAGUGAAAGCAGGGAAAAAAAAACAAUCUUUAUUCAGUGUUGUUACUUUUCACGCACAUAUGGGACGAUGUCCCCUCUUAGCAGCUUGAUCGAGUAUAUCUUAGGGCAAUGUAAUUAAAGGAUGCAAACUACCUUCCUAGCUUAGGUUAGCCACGCAAUCUCACAGCCAACGUCUAUAGCCUGUAGCUAACUGAUUGCUUCAAAUUCACAAGUAAGGAAGCAGUCAUGACAAUCAAUCUGUGCUCAAUUUCCCUCAAAGUGGAGGGUAUGACAUGCGGCUCCUGUGUCCAGUCCAUAGAGCGGCAGAUUGGGUCUCUCCAUGGUGUAAUUCAUAUUAAGGUGUCUUUAGAGGAUAAGAAUGCCACCAUCAUAUUUGACCACAAUCAACAGAGCCCGGAGUCUUUGUCAGGGGCCAUCGAGGACAUGGGCUUUGAAUCAAAUGUGCCAGACAGCAGCACAGCCACACCAGUCUCUACAGAUACCCAGCUCAUCCCCACCUCAGGUCUGACACCUGCAGCCCAACAAGAAGCUUUGGAGAAGCUGUUGCGUAUUCGGGGAGUGCUGGAUGUCCGAGAGAACCUACCACAGAUGGGUUUCACUGUAACUUUUGUUCCAGCCCUGACUUCCACACAGCAAUUUAACGAGGUAGUGGAGAGUGUAACGCCACUGGAAACCCAAACUCCCAGCAGUCCUUUGCAAAGAGGCCUAAAUUUGUCUCCAUCUGACACUGUGGGAGGCGGGGUAGCACUUCUGAAGUUACGAAUCGAAGGAAUGACAUGUCACUCUUGCACAACCACUAUUGAAGGGAAGAUAGGAAAACUGAAAGGGAUUGAAAAGAUCAAAGUUGUUUUAGAGUCUAAGGAAGCAACAGUUGUCUACUUGCCUUACCUCAUCACUGUCCAGACCAUCAUUGACCAGAUUGCUGUGGCAGGGUUCAAGGCUUUUGUCAAAUCCAAGCCUCGCCCCCUGCAGCUGUCCUCCAGAGAUAUUGAACGUUUUGUUGAUUCUCAAAAACCAAUAGUUUCUUCACCAUCAGAAGAGACAUCUGAGGAGACAGAAAUCUUCAUAGACACUACACUUGUCACGCUCAGGGUAAAAGGCAUGCACUGCCGUUCCUGCGUAGUGAACAUUCAAGACAAUAUCGCCAUGCUGCCUGGUGUUUCCUCUGUGGAAGUGUCUCUGGAGAUGGAGAAGGCCUCUAUCUGCUAUGAUCCUCUAAAUAUCACAGUAACUCAACUGCAGCAGGCCAUUGAAGCUUUGCCUCCAGGAAACUUUAAGACUGAGCCAUGGGACUCCUCUUGCCCCCUCCGUCCUGUAUCCACAUCACCUGUGCCUGGUGUAUCACCAUCACAGCAUGCAAAAGCAGCACAGGCCAAACCCGCUGCUUCGCAGCCUUGUUUUACUCAGCCUCUGGCAUCAGUAGUUAAUAUUCACAUUGAAGGCAUGACAUGCAACUCCUGUGUGCAGUCCAUUGAAGGUAUGAUCUCCCAAAAGAAGGGGGUAAUGUCGGCAAAAGUCUCUCUGGCUGAUCACCAAGGUGUCUUUGAAUAUGAUCCUCUUCUGACCACACCUGAGGAGCUGAGGGAGGCUGUAGAUGACAUGGGCUUUGAUGCAUUCCUACCUGAAACCAAUUCUCUGCUGCCUGUGCCAGAACCCAUUUUGUCAAAAUCUCCAAGUAAUCUCCAAGGGAAGGAUUUGGACGUUGACUCUCACAAUGAAACUUCCCCAGGAUGCACUGGAGACACACACUCUAAAUGCUAUAUUCAGAUUGGAGGAAUGACGUGUGCUUCCUGUGUGUCAAACAUUGAGCGAAACCUGAAAAAUGAGCCUGGUAUCUACUCUGUUCUGGUAGCACUAAUGGCUAGCAAAGCAGAGGUUCGCUAUAACCCUGAAGUCAUUGACCCUUUGAAGAUAGCUGAGUGUGUAAAAGAGCUGGGCUUCACUGCUUCCGUCAUGGAGAACUAUGAAGGCUCAGAUGGAAAUCUAGAGCUAGUGGUCAGGGGGAUGACAUGUGCCUCUUGUGUUCACAAAAUUGAGUCCAACCUAAUGAAAGAAAAGGGAAUUAUAUAUGCCUCUGUUGCCUUGGCAACCAACAAAGCACAUGUUAAGUACGACUCGGAAAUUGUAGGGCCACGAGACAUUAUUAAGCUGAUUGAGAACUUGGGAUUUGAAGCAUCUUUGGUAAAGCGAGACCGCACUGCCAGUCAUCUAGACCACAGCAAGGAGAUACAACAGUGGAGAAAAUCCUUCCUUGUGAGCUUGAUUUUCUGUGUGCCUGUGAUGGGCAUGAUGAUCUACAUGAUUAUAAUGGACCACCAGAUGAAUGUUUCCCAUUAUCACAAUGCUACGCUAGAGGACCGCAACCAUUACCACUCCACCAUGUUCCUGGAGAAACAGCUGCGUCCGGGUCUCUCCAUCAUGAACCUUCUCUCCUUCAUUUUUUGUGUGCCCGUUCAGUUUAUCGGUGGCCACUACUUUUACAUUCAAGCCUACAAAGCACUAAAACACAGGUCUGCCAACAUGGAUGUGCUGAUAGUUCUGGCUACCUCUAUAGCUUUCAGCUACUCAUGCAUUGUCCUAAUGGUGGCAAUGGUGGAGAAAGCCAAAGUCAACCCUAUAACUUUCUUCGACACACCUCCGAUGCUUUUUGUCUUCAUCUCACUGGGACGUUGGCUGGAACAGAUUGCUAAGAGCAAAACAUCUGAAGCAUUGUCAAAGCUGAUGUCUUUACAAGCUACUGAGGCCACAGUGGUCACUCUCGGCCUUGACAAUUCUGUUAUCAGUGAGGAGCAGGUGGAUGUUGAGCUGGUGCAGAGAGGUGAUGUGGUGAAAGUCGUACCUGGAGGGAAGUUUCCAGUCGAUGGGAGGGUAAUCGAAGGACAUUCAAUGGCUGAUGAGUCUCUCAUCACAGGUGAGGCCAUGCCUGUGACAAAAAAGCCCGGGAGCUCAGUGAUUGCAGGGUCCAUAAACCAGAAUGGCUCUCUGCUCGUCAGUGCUACUCAUGUCGGCAUGGACACCACACUGUCUCAGAUUGUUAAACUCGUGGAGGAGGCUCAGACUUCAAAGGCACCCAUCCAGCAAUAUGCUGAUAAGAUCAGUGGCUACUUUGUGCCCUUCAUUGUUGGCAUAUCUCUACUCACACUGAUCGCCUGGAUCAUCAUUGGGUUUUUGGACUUCUCUCUUGUGGAGAUGUACUUUCCUGGUUACGACAAAAGCAUUUCCAGAGCCGAGGCAGUGAUUCGAUUUGCCUUCCAGGCCUCCAUAACGGUGUUAUGCAUAGCUUGUCCCUGUUCUCUUGGCUUAGCAACCCCAACAGCUGUGAUGGUGGGUACAGGUGUUGGAGCCCAAAAUGGCAUCUUGAUAAAGGGAGGGGAGCCCCUGGAGAUGGCCCACAAGGUCCAGUCAGUGGUUUUCGACAAGACUGGGACUAUCACAUAUGGUGCUCCUAAGGUUGUCCAAGUCAAGAUGGUUGUGGAGGGGAAUAAGAUGCCUCACUCUCGCCUUUUGGCCAUUGUGGGUACAGCUGAAAACAACAGUGAACACCCUCUGGGAGCAGCUAUUACUAAAUACUGCAAACAGGAGCUCGGUACAGAGUCUCUUGGGACAUGCACAGACUUUCAGGCAGUGCCUGGAUGUGGCAUCCGAUGUCAGGUAAGCAACACGGAGAAUCUGUUAAAGCAGGCUGACAGUGACAGUGAUGACAACAACCAGCGCAACAGCGUCCUCAUUCAAAUCAGCGACACCUGCAUAUCCACUAGCUCCCAUCCACUCAUCAUGGACCCACAGCCAUUAAGUCUAGUUCAGACAGCCACCUAUGUUGUCCUGAUUGGCAAUAGGGAAUGGAUGAAAAGGAACUGUUUGCAAAUCCAACCAGGUGUUGAUGAAGCCAUGGUGGAGCAUGAACGCAGGGGACGCACUGCUGUACUUGUUGCUGUAGAUGAUGUGCUGUGUGCAAUGAUUGCUAUAGCUGACACAGUGAAACCUGAGGCUGAGCUGGCCGUCCACACCCUGACCAACAUGGGCCUGGAAGUUGUCCUGAUGACUGGAGACAAUAGCAAGACAGCUCGGGCCAUUGCUGCUCAGGUGGGCAUCAGGAAAGUUUUUGCUGAGGUGCUGCCAUCCCACAAAGUGGCCAAAGUGGAGCAGCUGCAGCAGUCCGGAAAGAGAGUUGCCAUGGUGGGUGAUGGCGUUAACGACUCGCCUGCUCUGGCCAUGGCUGACGUGGGCAUCGCCAUAGGAACCGGGACAGAUGUGGCCAUAGAAGCAGCAGAUGUGGUGUUGAUCAGGAACGACCUACUGGAUGUUGUUGGUAGUAUUGAUCUCUCUAAAAAGACCGUCAAAAGGAUCAGGAUCAACUUUAUUUUUGCUCUUAUCUACAACCUGGUUGGAAUUCCUAUUGCUGCCGGUGUAUUCCUUCCCAUCGGCCUGGUGUUACAGCCCUGGAUGGGAUCUGCUGCAAUGGCGCUCUCUUCCGUCUCUGUGGUUUUGUCCUCUCUUCUACUAAAAUGUUACAGUAAGCCCAGUGCUGAGAAGCUGGAGGCUAGGCUUGGUAAUAACAGAAGGCAGGGCAGCCUGUCUGAUGUCAGCGUUCACAUUGGCAUGGGUGAAAUGCGUCGUCCCUCCCCCAAACUCAGCUUGCUGGAUCGCAUUGUCAACUACAGCCGAGCCUCGAUCAACUCCCUGCGCUCUGACAAGCACUCACUCAACAGCUUAGUGCUCAGUGAGCCUGACAAACACUCACUACUGGUGGGGGAGGCACUGUGUGAGGAGGAGUUCUGUUGAGUGUGCGGAGCUCACAUUUCCAGCGAAGACUUUUGUAUUCUGAGAUGGACAGUAACUGCAUUUAUUCAAGGCUGGGCCAAGCUGAGAUGAAAGGGUCCCAUCCAUCUGCUCUAGGUGCCUCAGGGCAGCACCGUUUACUUGAAGAAAGCUUAUAUAUAUAUGCCUGUUGUUCUCUUUUAGCUCAGCCAACUGAUCACAUGCACUUCAGCUGCAGACUGUCCUUUGUUGAGGCGACUGCCUCCAGGGACACUCUCUGACCAACCCUUUGACACUCUGCUCAGCGGCAUGAAGCCUCCUCAGAGCCUCGAAGCAGGUGUCCACACCAAGGAAGCAGUUUUAAUCCUCUCUGCUGCUGCAGAUGUUUCCCUUUACAAUCUUCAACAUCAAUCCAAAGACAUUUAAACAGCAGUGCCCCUUGUAAGAGCGGACACUGCAGAGGUUUGUUUUACCAGUUUUCCUUAAAAGGAAAAUUACAUACACUUUUGUGAAAUUAUACUCCACACUAUUUAUAUUGUCAUUAUUUAUCUUUUUUUCAUUAUAUCCUAUAUGAAGAAGUGAAAAUAUAUGAAGAUUUUAUUCUUGAAUCCAAUCCAAAUGUCAAUUAUUAUUUUCCCAAAAUGUGUAAUUAUUUAGCAAAGAGUUAAAACUCGAUCUAGGAAGCCUUGUAACAAGCAGCAAACUUAUUGUUUGCUAAACAUAAUGGACUGAACUGUAGAUGUUGAUUACCCAAGUGCCAAUACGAAAUGCCACCUCGGCAAAGUCCAACACAUUCCAAAGAUAGCACCAAACUUAAGUUAUUGGACUGAAUGUGCAUAUAGUGCGAACAAAGGUCAAUGAUUUAACAAAAAAAAAAAAGAUCUUUCUGCACCUUUGGUCAUUGAAUGUGAACAUUAUUCACUCUUGCAUUUAAGCAGAAGUUGUUACAUUGAUGGACUACAUUGUCCUUCGAUUACUUUACCUGCUGCAAAUAGUUUUUGCUAUAAAAAUGUCAAACUGUAAAUGCAUUCAUGUCCUGUUUAUAGUUACAGUUGGUAAGAUGGUGUUACUGUUCCUAAGAUUUUAAGUGUUGCAAAUGUAUUAGUUUCACAGCUUUUUAAAUAGGAUUAAUGCUAAUGCCAAACAAGUUCCUGAGCAUCAAACACUGAAGUAGAUUGUUUAAUAAAUUCACAUUAUACAUAUUAACUGAGAUUACUAUCAUAGAUUGCCAUACUUUAUUUUACGUGAUCAAAUAGGCAGAAAGUCCAGUUUACCAAUCGAAUGUUUGCGUGCAAUGCUUUGUGAAAAUGUCCACGGGGCUUCAGAUAUAUGUGCAGUCCAUGUUUGACCUUCCAUAGUUCUUCUGAACAUUGUGUGCCUUGGAAUAAAAUGCUUUUAUAACACAA